AUGCCCGGUACUGAUGCACAAGCGAAAGAAACAUCUAUGAGGUUGAUUGGGAUUUCGAUAUCCCUAGCAGCAGCAAACGCAAAAAAGGAUUCUGUUAAAGAUGCCUCAACCAAUCCAAGUGGAACGACUAAGCUAGCUCCAGCACCUGCGACGGCUACUAAAGAAGUUACAAAGAAGGAAACAAAGACAACAACAAGUUCUAGAACAUCAAAAUCAUUGAAAGGUCCAUUGGACAGCCGUGGAAAGCGUACCUUAUACGACUUUGGUAAUGCUGGUUAUCUCUAUUCAGAUAUUGCAAGUAGACGUGCUGGUUAUGAAAGUGAAUCACGCCCUUACUAUACUGAAAGCGGCUUAUACAAUGGACAAAAUGCUAUCGCGCAAUACCCAUCAGGUUAUGGUGGAAGUUAUGGACAUUAUCCACAGUAUCUGGAAGCACCAGAACCAAUUAUAGAAAUCAUUAUUAAAGAUUCAAAUGAUACGCUAGCAACAACAGCACCACAACCAAUAGUCACUAAAAAGAAGAAAGAGAAAGUACAUGUUUUCUAUGUAAAUUAUAAAAAAGAUCAAAACAAUAAAUUACAUUUGGAAAGUCCUAUUGCCUCACUUAAUAAUGACGAACAUGAGGAAGAAGAAGAAGUUGUACAUUAUCCCCAAGUAGUUACACCCUUACCACCACUUAAAAGUACCACAUUACGUACCAUUAUACACCCAGAUUCUGAAAAAUAUCAUAGCAAUAGUGGUAUACAUGUAACCUUUGGUUCAGAAGACAAAUCACAAACUGGUCAUAUAUUAGAGGAACAUAAUGCUGAGAGCAUACAAAGCCAAGUAGUAGCAUUACCUGCUCCAAUUAAUGUGGGCAGUGGUGUAAAAAGUGAUUUAUUACCUGCAAAUACGAGAGCCGACUAUUUAAGCAAUCACCACAGUCGUUUACCAAGUGCUAAUCAUCUAUUCACUGCACCUUUCCAACAGCCACAUAGUUCCAGUUUUUAUCAAGAACUACCACAGCAGCAUGGGGGUACUUACUUUAGACCCCCAAAUAACUUAAUACACCACAAACCCCCAACACCACCACAAGCAUCACCACAAUUUUAUCAGAAACAGCCACAACAUCAGCGUCCAAAUUUCAAUCCCACGCACUCACAACCACCACCACCGCCAUCACCACCAUCUACUUCACAACACCAACCACAAGCACAGGCUUUAUAUCGAAAGCAACAUCCCACACAACAAUUAACACUUCAGCAAUCGCAUUAUUACAGCAAUCAAAAUCAACAAUAUCCACAGCAACAAUCCCAUCAACAUAGUCAAUAUUAUCAAAGCUUUCCACAUAAAGUACAACAAUCCAGCAAGCAAUCUGUGUAUUUCCCAACAGAACCACCACAACAGCAAGAACUUCCAUUACGACAGAAUGCAGGGCCUUAUCAACCAAUUAAAUUCCGUCCUACACCUGCACCAACACCACAAAUUAAACCAGUACCAAUACCAGUAAAAUUGGAAAAUACUAACUAUAAUGUUCCAACUCAACAACAUCAAUCACAACAUCAACAAUAUGAACAGCAUCAACAACAACAUCAACAACAACAUCAACAACAACAGCAACAUCAACCACAGCAUCAAUCACAACAACAUUAUCAACAACAAGCCGAGCAAGAAAAGCAACAUCACCAACAACAGCAACAAUUCCAUUUCAACCGACAGCCACAAUACGUCCAGCAACCAAGUUUCUCAUUGCCAUCACCAGUUGUACCGUCGAACUAUUACAAUAAAAAUCAACAACACACAGCUACAAAUAUACAACAAUCAAAUCAAUUUUCAAAGACAAAUAAUUAUCAAGAACAUCAUCAACAGCAAUCACCGUCUGCUUUACAAUCUUCUGCUACUCUGAGUGCUAUACACAACUAUUUGGAUAUUAAACCAUCAAAAGAAACCGAAUUACUGCAAUCGAUACCAAGAUACGAGCAACAUAUUACAGAAACCAUACAUCAUCAACAGAGUUCACAGCAGCAAUCACAAAACCAAUACAAUCAAUAUGCCUACAAUACACAGAAUCAGGUUAUCCACGAUAUACCUGCUCCCAAUUUAGGUCCUACAGUGAAGCCCCAACAACAAUCAAAAGAUCAUUUCAGCAAUAUAGAUAAUGCACAUCAACAGGUUAAUGGACACUAUAUAACCGCCACCAAUUCAAAUCAACAACAACAUUUCACAAGUUAUGCUAGCGGCGUACAAAAUGCAGCUGCUUCUCAGUCAUUUUCAUCUUCGACCCUUCCACCUCAAUAUGCACAAUCUACAGAUGGUGAGAAAAUAAUGAUUGUAACCCCAAUGCCACCCACUACUUAUAAUCAGUACCCUACACACUACAGUAAUGAGGGUCUACAGGUGCAAAUCACACCCAAUUCUCAACCAACACUACAAGUGCAAGCAUCUACAAACUUUGCGCAACAACCUCGGCAAUCAGCUUCAAGUGUACAAUCUGUCGGCACAGGUUUAGCUCUAGGUCAUUAUGAUAAUUCUCCAUUUAGUGUAUCUACAUAUCACUCUGAUGUUUUCAAAGAGCUAGAACAGCGUCAUACUCAACAAAUGAAAGAAGUACCAGCACAAACAAUACGUCAUCAAUUACCUGCUGAAGCUCAACUUGCCAAAACAAAAGAGACUCAAAAACCAUAUAUCCCUAGCGCGACGAAAACCGAGCCUGUAAAGAACAGUCCCGCUCAACAGAAACCCAAUGCUGACGAGAACUCUUCAACAACAAAUGUUAAGGCUAGUCAAACUCUAUUACAAUUACCCGAUGAAGUACCAGAUGAUUUGCGACAACAGUUGCUUUCUUCAGGCAUUCUAAACAAUGCAGAUAUAUCCAUACUGGAUUAUGAUAAAGUAGGUGACGUUGCUCUUGAAAACUUACCUCCAGAACACCUACAACACUUUUAUGGUGCAGGUGGUGGUGCACAAAUAUCCGAAUCUAACAAGGUUGUAACGGUAGUAAAACCAAAUGGUGAUAAAGUAGCGCUUUCUGAAAAAGAAAUUGAGCGAGUUAAAGAGAGCAACUCUUUACCACAAAAACAUAAUCUCGAUGUCAAAGUCGUACGUUUCAAUGCAAACAAUGAGAAGAGCGUAACAGAUAAGUAUUUGAAGACUGAUGCAACAGUCGUACCACCUGUCGACUUAGCUGAUCGUCAAUAUAAUCGUUAUUUGCCAUUAAAAAUUAAUGGUGCUCAGUUCCCCAUACCAGACAGCGAGGAAUUGCGUGGUAAGAAAGUUGUUAGUGUGGUCGUACUAGCACCUGUUGAGGCCAGUGAGGGACGCAUUGAACGUGAUACAAACGCUGAAAAUAAAGAAGUCAAAUUCUUAGGUGGCGAUCUUAUAAAGACUCUUGUCAAAAAACCGACAAAAGAAAAUUUUAAACGCUGGCUGGAAAAGGAAUCAAAAACAGAUGUUGAAAUGCAAUCCGUUGUACUUUUAGUAGCAAAAUCUCCAGACAAUGUUGAUCAGGAAAUAUUCAUGUACGACAUAACCACAGGUGCUGUGAAUAAGCUUAAUGGUGAACUAUCGAGUGCGUUCGUUAAUGUAGCUGAAGAAAAUGCCAGCACGGAAGACUUAGAGCAUGCGUCCACAUUAGACCCUAGCUUUCUGGAAACUAUGAUGCAUAAGAGCCGGAGAUGAAUUUCAUUAUAAACAAUCCACUUAACAAAUUUCGUGCUACUUUAGUGCGAAAAUUCAUGUUAAAUCGCCAUUUUUUUUCUACAUUUUUAUUUUAGUAAUUUAAUGUGAAAUACUGGAAACUACGCUCGCAGUGUCUGGAAUUUACUAUUUCAGAGACCCAUUAGAAUAUCUUAAAUUUAUUUUCAUUAUAGUCAAAAAUUGUAAAAGGUUAGGUUCGAACAAUUGACACUUCCAGCGUAGUUUUAAAGUUGACACUAGUAAAAUUAAAAAAAUAUUUAGCAAUAAUGCAUGGAUCCGUAUAUUGCUCAGAAGAUCCACCGUUUUAGAAAUUCUAAAGAAAAAUAAGGAUAAUAGGAUAGUAUAUGCAUUGAACAGCAAGAGAUGUUGUCCUCAUUCAUUUGUGGUUUCCACUUAAAUACUUUUUAUUUUGGACUUU